AUGUCUACCUUCUCGAUUUCAAGUUUACCUUCAACUUUCCUGGAAUUUCUUCAAGCUAAUGAAAUUGAUCCCAGAAUAUACACCAUUCGGGAAUUGCCUCGAUACAUUAGACUGAACACACAACAUCCGCAAUUGCCGACACGUGAAGAAUUAGAAAAUCAAAUUGGGACAAAACUGUGGAACGUUGAUGGUAUAGAUGGGUUCUAUGGAUUGGAUGGAAGACGCAGAAUCGUCGACUGCCAGGCUUAUAAGGAAGGGAAGAUAUUUGGAAUCGAUUUAAGUUCCGGAAUAGCGGUGUGCGCUCUCGACAUCCAACCGGACGAUCACGUACUGGAUCUAUGUUGCGCACCAGGAGCUAAAUUGUGCAUGGCAUCGAACGUGCUGGACGUUAAAGGUUGCGGCACAAUUACCGGAGUAGACGUUUCACGUGAACGCAUGUCCACGUGCCGUAGUUUAAUAAGGAAGUAUAGGAUAGGUGGCCGUGUCAGAUUAUUCGUUGCAGAUGGUACAACUUUUGAUGUCCUCGCACCAUCCUUUUUGGACCCCAUCCGACGGAUGAAUAACAAGAACCACUGUACGGAGGCCGCCCCCGUAGAAGUCCGAGAAAACGUUAAACGCCAACAACGCGAACUUCAACCAUUUUGGGCGCCCAAAACACUACGAACUGAUCCACAGAUAAGGGCACCCCAAUUCCUGUACGACAAGUAUGAGAAAUAUGGAUGGGAUAAAUUCGAGGAAAACUUUUUAAACCCCGAACGUUUAAAUAAUCUCUGGGAUUUACAGAGAAAUCUUUUAAAGAAUGGAUGGUCAUUGCUUAAACCUGGAGGCAUACUGGUGUAUAGUACCUGCAGUUUAUCGCGCAGACAAAAUGAAGAUGUGAUUGAAUGGUUUUUACUCCACUACCAUGACGCAGAGUUGGAGACGGUUCCUAAUGUUGUCAAUAUGACCGUGGCACCUCGGAAGGGAAACGACUCUGGAAGCAUAGAUUUAUCCAAGAUCCUCCUUGCAUUAGACAAUUCGAUGGAUAAGUUUUGCACUGAAUAUUUGCGCAGAAGUGCUCUUCAGGUUUUAACUUCUGCGGGUUUCGAAAAGACUUCUAGGAUAGCGGGUGAAGUUUUCGCCGAUGUUCUAAAGGACUAUUUAAUUUGCUUGGGUAAAUCAACACAAAGUAGCGCGAUCAAUGCGGGAAGAGUAAAAUCAACGUCUGCAGACGUUCUGGCUGCGUUUGAGGAUCUUGGUAUUGAUGUCGAGGAGUUAAGGGAAUGGGCACAAACUGAAGGGAAGAACCUUGGAAGUUAUGCUGGAUCUCAACCUCUAAUCUUGAAAGAUUUAUUAAGGAGAGGACUUCCUGGUUAUUCUGUAAAUAGUGAAUCUAAUAGGCCGCUGAAAAUUGUGAAUAAGAAUUAUGAAACUAUGGAAAAGUUGUUGGACAAGAUUCAACUUGUUUCUUCAGCCGAAGAUUAUUCAAAACUAGAAAGCAUUAACCAAUAUUCAGAUUCAGAGAGAACCAUGCAAAUCUCCGAGUCACAAGAGGAUAUGAUUGAUGUUAAGAAAGAAGGAGAGGAGGAGAUGGUUAUUGAUACGGAUGGCUUGAAUGAGAACAUUGAAAGUUUGCCUGAGCACAAAGUUGAUGGCGAAAUUGAGAAACUGGAGGAAAAAACAAACGACGAUGUUAAAAUCACAGUUAAUGAAAAUAAAUUGGAUGACACGGUAGAAAUGCAAAUUGAUGUUUCUAUCAAUAAAUCGGACAAUAAUGCUAAAUGUUUGAAACCAUGGGCUCAGGUACGGCCCUCGUAUGUUCCCGAGUGGCUCCCACCGUUUCCAAAAAUCAGAUCUCUCAAUGAAGAGGAUCAAGAAAAAGGUGAUGAUAAAAAAGUAGAUGAUGAAAAACCGGAAUAUACAGCUGACAGCGUAGUUGCCAAGGAUGAUGGCGGGAUGGAUUUGGAGAUGAAAAAUGCCUCUACGAAUUCAUCCGUCAACACAUCCCAUGACGGAAACGCGAAAACAACUCGUCGCAUAAAGCGUUCCCCAGACCAGCGCCCUCCAACCUAUGAUCAAUUCGCCAACAUAUACAAAUCGAUCACGCUGGUCAAGCCAGUUGUGAAAGAGUCAGAAACGGAGAUGACGAAAGAUGAAAAGAGAAAGAAGCGCAAGAUAAAGGUUUCGACGUCAUCGCUGUUUCCUUCGCACCACAUCUUUGAGACGAAGUUCGAUGGAUGUGAUGGGGUUCUUUCCCCGGAUGCACCUAAUUCGUUAUCUUCAUCUACAUUGUUCAAAGACAUUCCAAAAAAAAUGCCAAUUUUUUCUUACCCAAUACCCAAACCUAACAAAGGUGUGGAACCAAAAGCACCCUUGCAAACAACUCCCCUUUCUUUAGAUUCAAAGAUUACGGAGGAGAAACCUUUGGCGUCACGAAAAGGAAAAGAAAAAAUGAUCAUAGACGCCCCUGAUAUUUUCGAGAACCCUACACCCAACCCCCUCCCACCAAAGUCUCAAAUCUCCGUUCAACGAGAUACAAAGAGCAAAACCAAAAAAUCGGUUGCUCCUGUAACUUCGGAUAAACUCACCUCAAAAUCCAAGAAGGCCGUGCAACCCGGUACGACUGUACUUAAAUUACGCUUGGGAACCUCUGCUACCCCAGCCAUUGCCUCUACCCCGUCAGUACAAACAGAAUUAGUUAUUAAUAAUGACACCGCAGAUCCACCUGAAAUCAUUAACUGCAUUUGUCCAUAUCCUCUUUCAGAGAUUGACGAUGGAAAUUUUAUGCUGUCAUGCGACAAUUGUCAA